AUGGCGAUGAUUAGUGUGCGCAGUUCAUCCUUGGGAGCAAUUGUGCUGCUGGUGCUCCUGGUGUCUCUUCUUGUCGUUCAUUCUUCUGUAGACUCCACUGCUGAUCACGCCAAACAAAGCACAGCUGAUGCUGCCUCCGCUGCUCAAGACUCCACCAAUUCCUGGAUGGAUAUGGCUAAGGACAAGCUCAACCUCUUCUCCAAGGGCCACACUGAGGCAACGAAAAGUGCAGAGGAGACUGCCACUGAUGCUGCCAACGUAGCAGGAAGCAAGGCCCAGGAAAGCAAGGAUGCUGCAGCAGACACCACAUCAGGAUACUGGAAGACUUUGAGCAACCGCAUCAAAAUUAUUUCAGAUAGCAUCAGCAGAUUUGGAAAAGGCAUGGCAGAGUCGGGAAAGGUAGCUUCAGAAGGGAUAGUAGGCAAAGCAACCGAGGGCGCAGAUUAUUUGAAGAGCACAAGCAGCGAUACAGCGUCCAAGGUCUACGAGGGUGCGCAAUCUGUUAAGGACAAGGCUUACAGAGGGGCGGAAAGUGCUACGGGAAAGACGCAGGAGACAGCCACCGAGGUAAAGGGAAAAUCGCAAACUACGUAUGAGGCAACAAAGGAGAAACUGAAUGAGCAAUACAAGGCAGCGUCUGCUGCUAUCAAUGAUCAGAUCAAAGCGGCCUCAAAAUUGGCCAGUGAUGUGGGCGAGAAGGUGAAGAGUGUUACUGGUGCUAAGCAUGAGGAGUUGUGA